ACUGAAAAAGAAAGACGUUUUAUGUAGCCGUGAGGUCGAAGCAGGCUAUUUAGCUAAGCGCCAAAACUACACAAAAACUAUGUUUAGCUAUUUAUUUUAUCUACGCUCUUCGUAAGGUCAGGUACAAAAGUGUUACAAUUUGUCUGUCUCCGCCCCUAAUUAGCAACACAUUAAAUUUGAAUUUGUUUCCUCCAAAUUAAAGUGCUUGAAUAACAACUCUGGCGAACAUACAUAUAUGUAUACGUUUUCUGCGAUUAUCCAUGACUGGCAAAUUCAGACGUUCACGUGGAUAUGUACAAAAGCAUUUACAUUUUCUUCAUAAGUGUUUAAUUCGGUUGGAAGGAAUCUCAGAGGCCCCUGAUUUACUUGUAUUUUAAAUAUUUAUUCUAAAUACAAAAUGUGCAAAAUUUAAAUAAACAGCUGCUGCAUUUAUAGAAACCAAAUAAAAUCAAAAUCUAAAAUUAUUUCAGAAAUAACUUAUCUCAGUGCUGGACGACGGCUCUAUCGAAUCGAAUAAUGCUUUCUGUUCGAGGGUUAGAAGGUCAAUUCUACAGAUAGCUCGUUAUCAGACGAAACAAAUAGUAUAUAUAUACAUUUAAAUAUGUUCAUCGGGAGAAGAGGCCUUCCGGAGAAGGUGUACAGCGACAACGCCACCAACUUCGUGGGCGCGAGCAAGGUGCUGAACGAGCUGCAUCAAGCGUACCAGAGGGACCAGGACCGGCUCAAGGCGUACGCAGCGCGCCAAGGCGUCGAGUGGUGUUUCAUACCACCGAGAGCACCACAUUUCGGCGGAUUGUGGGAGGCAGCCGUCAAAUCAGCCAAGCAGAGGUUGGUACGCGGAGUGGGCAACGCCAAGCUCACCGCGGACGAGCUGUGCACCCACCUGGUAGAGGCUCUUCUCAACUCUGUCAGCGCUCAAGCAGCAGUUUGGGCAGGGCUGGUCCAAGGACUACCUGGUCAGCCUGCAGAAGCGUUAACAGUGGGCUACCAAAAGGCCAGACUUGGACAUUGGCUGUCUAGUGCUCGUCCACGAGGACAACACACCGCCACAGAAGUGGACCACAGGACGAGUGGUGGCCGCAAUCAAGGGAGAAGAUGGGAGAGUGCGCGUCGCCGAGGUGCGAACACCCGCGGGCGUAAUUAAACGCCCCAUACACAAAUUGGCAAAACUGCCAAUAGACGGUUGAAGCACCGGAGGUCUUCAACGGGGCCGGAAUGUUGCAGCAGACGAUCGUAAUUACUCUAUCGUAGCGUGUGCGAUGUUGUGAGCAGAGCUUUUGCUCUCACAUGCCG